AGCCUAAUUGGUUUGCAGCCAAAUUUUGGCAAGCCAACUAUUGGCACGCGCCAAAAAUUAGCGGUCGAUUGGUUCGACUCGAACCGUGGGCGCGCCAACAGGCGGCUAGCCAAAUAUUGGCCGCGUGUCUUCCCCCCACCGCUCACUUUCCCCUCACUGUUCGCCCCAACAGGAUAUCCCCUUAUCCUCCUUCGUCCCAGCCCCAAAUCCCUAGCCCCUCCGUUCCACCGUCCGUACCGCCGCCAGCGACCAGAAGCGCUCAAGGACCUCGGCGAUCUCCUGCUCCGGUGGGAAAUCGUCAACGAACCAGACCAGAUCCACCAGAGCAAUCAAGAAGGAUCUGCUCAUGAUUCUGCUGUAUUGCAUGAUGCCCUAUCUCGUCCAAACGGUCUCAAAAUUCCAGAAGAAUGGGUGAGCAAAAAGAAGGUGCCAAGACUGAGGUUGCUCGCUCUCGUGAUAAUUACAUGUCAUGGAGUGAUGAUUGUACCAAGUAUAUGCUUGAGUGGUAUAUCGAGAAGCAAAGGGACAAGCCACCAACCUUCAAGUGGAAGGCACAACACCAUCUACAAUGUGCUAAUGAUUUGAAUGACAAGUUUGGAAUUACAGCUACAGCAAAACAAGUUGAUCGACACUUUAGGUCAUUCAAGGAGAAAUGGAAGUGGAUAAAGCUAGCAAAGGGGAGGAGCGGAUAUGGUUUCGAUAAAGUACUUAACAAAUUUAACAUUGACAAGUCAGAGAAAUCACCAAGCAAGCUUGGUAAAAUAAAAUUUAACUACCUUACUCACUCCAUCAAGUUUUAUCAUCUCCUGGAAGAACUGUUUAGUGACUCGUCUCAUGCGGAUGGCUCACUAGCUAUUGAUGUGAAUGAUGCAAGUGAGAAUGUGGAAUCUGAUGGUAGUAGUGAAACGAGCAACCACACAUCCACUGCCGAACAAGGUCUUAGUGAUUCCGACAUGAUUGCGCCCAACAGUCCAGCUGAAGGCACUAGCUCAAAUCUGAAGCGCAAGCAUGUUAAAGCACCACAUAAGAAGAAACCAAAGGUCAAGGCGCGUCGAGCCAGCGUGUUAGAUGAUGAUGUGGCAGCGAGCAUUGUGAGUCUUGCUGAAACUGUGAAAUCUGCUGCCCCUAUUCAACCAAUAGCAGUUACAGACCCCAAUGCCAAUCUUUGGAAACACAUUGAGUCGCUAACUAUCCCAGCAAAUGAGAAGAUUGAGUUAGCAGCCUAUCUUGCUAAGCCAGAACAAGAAAUUUUCCGUGGUUUCCUGAACUGUGCAAGCGUCCAGACUUUUAAUGCUUGUGUCCUUGAUUAUUUCGCGCACAAGUACGACGGCAAUGAUCGCACAGCUGCUGAUCCAUCAAUCUGAAUGACAUGUUUGGUGGCUUUCUUUUGGCAAGUGCUUUUGUACUCUACGUAGCUUUUCAUGCACUUAUGCUAAGUGGAAUUCCUGUGCCGUAAUGGUGUUUAGAGGGUCUUGCCUUUUGUAAUGCAUUGGUCUAGCACAAAUCUAAAUUAAGCUAGUUUGUAAGAAAUUUCCUGAUGCUUGAUGACCUUGUGCAUGCUACGUUGCAAUAUUGCAGUGGUAUGAUGGUGCUUCUAAAUUAGUAAAUUAUGCCCAUGGUAUGACAAUGGCGUGUAAAUUAUGUACUGGAUUACGUAGGUAACAAAUUCCUUGUCGGGACGAGUUAUGCAUAUUUGGUAACAAACCAAUUGAUAUACACUUGUUUUUUGCCAAAUAUUGGCAAAACAUUGACAACCAACCAAUUGGUAGCCAAACUUGCCAAAUGUUGGCAACUUCCAGCUUUGCCAAAAAUAGGCUUGCCAACAAUUGGCAUGCCAAAAAUUGGCUGCAAACCAAUCAGCCUCUAUUUUCCUAUUUAUUCCCUACUCAACCUUGGUACAAGUACCAAUGAAAUUUCUCUUCAUGCAUCCUAGUCCCUUCGAGUCUUGUCAUCCGGCCUCUCUCCAGCCAGUAUUUACCCCUAUGAACUUUAGCUCAUAACAAUGUGAGCUACUAUGAUCAGUGAGAGUCCAGCGCAGGAGGUAUACUAAUCAUCAAUGGUAAAGUGCAACCAAAGUAGUCCAGAAGACAAUAUGACAAGCCGGCGAAUAAAGGUGAAAGCAAAGGUUCUUAUCAAGCAACAACUGAACAAGAUGUUCAGAACUACUCCCUCCGUUCCAAAAUAGAUGACUCAACUUUGUACUAACUUAGUACAAGUUGAGUCACCUAUUUUGGAACGGAGGGAGUAGACGUUAGACGAGAACACUAGGACUAAAAAGCUUUAGAAUGACAAGCAGCUAAACUGGUCCUGGACUUCUGGUUAAACGCGAAACAUUAUAUCUUAUCAGCUCACAGCUUGAAACGGUUUGCUCAAGUGACAUACUUCAACUUCAAAGGUCUAAACCCCACAUGGAAUUGUAUGCUUACACCCAUUUAUUUGACAACUGUAAUCAUAUUAAGACAUUCACUAUGUGCCCAUGAAUCUAUAAAGGAAAAGGCUGCAGUUGAACAUCUGUUGGAUGAGUUGAAGUGGCUUUUGACUGUUACGGUCUAGCAGUAAUGAACUUGAUGAGAGAAUCUUAGAACAGUACAAUCAUUAGUAAAAAAACAAUUUAUCGAGAAACAAAUCCAAUUCGGACCAUGAAAUUUGGUAACUGGUACAUGUCUGAGUUGAACCCCCCUAUCUGAGACCUUCAAGUUUCAAGACCAAAUAACUUCAAAUGCCAAUGUGAUGUCGAGGCAUAUGCCGGUUUCAUGAAAGUGGCACAUACGACAAUAUGGAUUAUUAUAUGAUUUCCAAGGAUUUAAUCUAAAAGUUCAGCUUACAAAAAAAAAAAUCAAGCUAGAUAUGACAGGACACUCACCCACUCCCAAACGCGGAUUUCUUAAGAAAAAUUACCUAAUUAGGCCUAUAAAAAUUGAUCGUCAAAUUUUCCUACAGUUUUUCAGUUGUUCAGCCAUUCUCUGAACUCAAAAUUAGUUUCUAGGAUGAAAUUAAAGUGGAAUCAUUAAAAUAAUCUACACUGUCAGCCAUCUUUGCGCCACUUUGCCCAAACCAUCCACGUCAUACAUCACAGCAAUGAC